CGUUGCUAUAAACACUACACAUAAUGUCGAGCACGGGUAUCGUAUUGUACGGCGCGGACCUGAGUCCCUGUGUGAGGACCGUGAGGCUGGUCCUCAAGGUCCUCAACCUGGACUAUGAAUUCAAGGAGGUCAAUCUGCAGAAGGGCGAGCAUUUGACCGAGGAUUACCUGAAGAUGAACCCCCAGCACACGGUGCCAACGCUGGAAGACAAUGGCAUCUAUCUCUGGGACUCGCAUGCCAUCGCCACCUACUUGGUGGACAAGUACGGCAAGUCGGAUGAGCUGUAUCCCAAGGAUCUGGUCAAGAGGGCCAUCGUUGACCAGCGCCUUUACUUCGAUGCCGGUGUCAUCUUCGCCAGCGUAGCCAGCGUGAGCAAGAUGUUCUGGAUCGAUGGUAUCACGGUGGUUCCUCAAGAGAAGUUGGACACCAUUCAUCGGGGUCUUCAGAUGCUGGAGACUUUCCUAGGCAGCGGAAAGUACCUGGUGGGUGACUCUCUGACCCUGGCCGACUUGUGCACCGGACCCACCGUCAGCGCCGUGCCCGCUAUGGUGGACAUCGAUGCCAAGGUGUAUCCCAAGAUCACCGCCUGGUUGGAACGCCUCAAUGAGAUCCCCUACUACAAGGAGAUCAACGAGGCACCGGCCCAGGGCUAUGUCAGCUUCCUUCGUAGCCAGUGGACUAAGCUGGGGGAUCAGUAAUUGAAGAAUAAAUCAUAUAUAUUCAUAAUUUA